AUGUCCAGAACGCCAGGAACGUCGCGCGCUUCGAAAGGCAAUAAGAACCGCCGCAAGUCCAGAACCGUGACCGAGUCGUCCCAAUCGCUCGAUGUGAAUGCCAAAACGCCCGGAGUUCGACGACGUGGAAGUUCGGCCAAGUUGGAGGACGAUGGCACUCAAAUGGAGAACCAGAAAUCCCAUGCCAAGUCCAAGGUUGGGUCGGUUCAGAAGACGGUUGGAGGGGUAGGUAGUUUUUAUAAUAUUUAGUAUUAGGUUAGCUGGUAUAGGGGGCUUUUGAUGUACAGUGUUACUCUUUUGUAAUGAAUUGUUUGAGGAUAUUAAAGUUGUUUGUUAUAUUAUAGUUUGUUUAUAUUAGGGUUUGACUGUUCAACGAAAAUCUUAGUUUUUUAAGCCUAAAAUCUAUUUUUAAGCUUAAAAUAUAUUUAAGUUGUUAAGUCUAAAAUAGGUUUUUUCAAAUUUUUUAGUUUUUAAAGAACCAAGAAACGUCCUCACAUAACGUUGGCGUUCUGUAGCAAAAAUCAGGCCGUUUGAUAUUCGAUUCUUCCGCAAAAAGACCUGAGCAGAUCAGUCUCGAAUUGGUAAAGCCAUUUGUGAAUUCAAAUUGAGACCGACCGCUAAAAUUUUUUGAGAAAAACAAUUUUUAUUCAUUUUUUAAAUAUCUUCUUUGUUUUCUAAGCCUAAAAUAGGUAGUUUAGGUUAGGCUAUUUUUUCUUUAUUUUUUUCUAAUUUGAUGAAACCUAACUUACUAUUUUUAAAUUUUUUAGGACAGCGAGUACUAUCACAAAGCUCUGCACGACUUUGUGAUGGAAGCAGUGAAGGUUGGGCCAGUAAAACUGGCAGCAGAUUUCACCGCCACUCGCCUGGCCAUGCCGAAGAACUUGCCUAAAACGGCAUUUUUGGCUAAUCCGACUAAGAAUCGGUACAAGGAUGUCUUCUGUCUGGAUCAGAGUAUUGUGAAGUUGACUUGGCCGGCAGACGAUCCAAACGACUACAUCCAUGCGAACUAUGUCCCAAUUGAAGGUAGGGGUGGAUUUUUUUUGGAUUUUGGGUUUUGAAUUUGGGUGGGGCUAGGAAUUUUUUUUAAAUUUAAAAAUUUUGAAUUUUAUUAAAUUUGAAUUUUUUUUUAAAAUUUGUAAUUUUGUAAAUUUUGAUUUUUUUUUUUGAAUUUUUUAAUUAAUUUUGAAAUUUCAGACCAGAAAAAGUACAUUUGUACUCAAGGCCCCACCGAGAAGACAGUCAUCGACUUUUGGCGGAUUAUUUGGCAGGAGAAGUGUAAGGGGAUUCUGAUGCUGACAGAAGUCAUGGAACAAGGCAAAAAGAAGUGCGAACAAUAUUGGCCAACCAAGCUGGGCGAAGAAGCCGAAUAUGGACCAGUAAAAGUCAAGGUCCUAAAGAUCCUCACCCCCGAGGACCAUCUACACUGCACCCGUCUUGAAGUAUCGGCGGAGGACUCGACUCUGACGGUGGAGCACAUGUUAUGGAAGAACUGGCCGGAUCGAGGCGUGCCCAAAGAGUAUUUGAGCUGCUUUCGUAUGAUUCGUAAGAUGACUCAGUACGUCCCGGUCGUGGUGCACUGUUCCGCGGGAAUCGGUAGAACCGGUACGAUUGUGGGUCUGGAGAUGAUGGACAACAAGUUGCGCAAAGGGGAAGUAUGCCCACUUUCUGAUAUUGUCGCGGAGUUGAGAACUCAUAGACACGGAAGCGUUCAGACUAUGUUCCAGGUAGGGGUUUGGCUUGAUUUUUUGGGGGUUACGAGGAGUGAUAUGUUUGAAAUGGUAUAAGUUAUUGUAUAAAGAAGGUUUUUCAUUAGUAGGGUAUGGUGGAAUAAGGUAGGAAGGGUAGGGAAGAGUAGGGUACGGAAGGGUAGGUUAGGGUGCGGUAUUGUAGGGCAGGGUAUGAUAGUAUUAUACCUACUAUAAUAUCUUUUUUUUUCAGUUUCUCUACAUGCACAGGACCCUAAUGGAGCUGGCCGUGAACAAACGAGUCGUGGCCAAAGAUGAACUUAAGGACUUUUACGAAAAGUAUGAAGUGAUCAUCAACAAACAAGGCGCCAGUUGA